AUGUCUGUCCGCGAGCGUGCUGUAGUGCUGGUUGAUGGCCCGGCCGUAGUGCAUCGCUGGUAUCAUCGCUGGAGCUACACAAGUAAACAUACCCCUGUAGACGUUAAGCGGUUUACUAUCACAAACGCCCGGCAUAUUAUUGCCACGGCGCACAGCUUUGACCCCAGUCAUCUUGCCCAGCACCUCCUUUCCCCGCAGGUGGAAUACGCCCACACUCCGAAGCACAACAAAAUAAUUGUUUGUUUUGAUCAAGGGGAUGGUGGACGGCGCGAGCUCUAUCCAGCAUACAAGGAGAAUCGCGCGGAGCGUGAACACGCAGCGGAGCUGUCCGUCAUUAAGAAGGUCGCAAUAAAAGUAUUCACGGGGGAGCCCAAAAACACACUUAUCGUUCUUCCCGACUUGGACGCAAAGCUUAAAGAUGUUGAUGCAGAAGCGGAUGACAUUAUUGCCACCUUAGCGCUGCACAAUCAGCAGCUUAAGAUACCCACUGUUGUGAUGUCGCAUGACUACGAUCUUUACCAACUCAUCGACGAGGCAAAUAAGUGCUACCACUACGAUAUACGCACAAAACAUUUGGUCUCGGAAAAAGGUGUUAUUGAGCGUGUCGGGGUGCAUCCGAAACUAGUCCGUGACUAUAAAUCUCUUGCUGGUGAUUCUUCGGACAACAUUCCUGGUGUGAAGGGCAUAGGAAAGACGCGUGCGCUACAGCUUCUUAAAAAGUAUGGCGAUUUAGAGGGUGUUCUCACAAAGGGCAAAAAAAAACAGGGUGGACACUUAGGUGACUUGUUGCGUGCCGGCGCUGCCGAUGCGGAGCUAUCGCGAAAAUUGGUGGAACUGCGAAGCUGUCCAAAAGUACUGAAGGCGUGUGAAGCCUUCAUGAAGCUUUAG